AGGCAACAUGGCGUCUCGGUGGUUCGUACCGGUUAUCGUCUUCUGCUUUCUGUGUCAGCUGACCGCGGUCGCCUCCACUGACUUCGACGACGGCCGUGGCCAACCGUCGAAUCGCGUCGAGGUCAAACUAUUCUACGAGACCCACUGCCCGUACAGCCGCCAGUUCAUCACAUCACAGCUGUGGCCAGUCUACCUGAAGCUCAGCGACCGGCUCGACGUCGACCUCGUGCCCUACGGCAUGGCGCUGAAGAGAGAGUUCGUGGACGCCGACGGGCGGAGGAGGACCGAGAUCUCGUGCCAGCACGGCCACAACGAGUGCGUCGCCAACAUGAUCCAGGCGUGCGCCGUGUCGCUCUACAGGGACACCUACCAGCUGCUCGCGUACGUUGUCUGCAUGGAGUCCUCCGAGAAUCCGCACAGGGUGGCCAAGUCGUGCUCGUCGCGAGUCGGCAUCAGCUGGUCGGCGCUCGAGCGCUGCAUGACGACGCGAACUGGACACCGACUCCUGCUGAUGAUGGGCCACAAGACAGCGUCCCACCGGCCAGCGGUUCCGUACGUCCCGUUCGUCGUCGUCAAUGGGCGGCACGGCGAGGAGGUCCAGCGAAGGGCAGUCUCGGACUUUUUGGGAGUUGUAUGUUUCAUGUUCGCCGAGCCCGUGCCGCCAGCUUGCCUCUCGAGGCAGCGGUCCCAGCGGUCGGAGGUCAAGGGCGCGCCUUCUGCGGGACUGCUCGACAUGCAAGGGUUGAACGCCACGGAUGCUGCUCUGAAAGGGGCGACGGCCAAAGGCACCGACGCGCAGUGGGCGUGAACGGGGAAAGAGACGCGCGAACAAGUUCUGUGUGCUUUUUCUGUCAUCCAUUGCGUGUUUUGUCUUUCUGGAGCUUAUAAAGGGGCUUAGAUGACA